CGCUGAGGGAGGAGGCGCAUCGUUCAAAAUCCAAAAGAUUCACACAGUAGAACAGGCUUCCAUGGUGUGUAGAUGAGAACUAGUGCCAUAGUUUUUAUACGGUUUUAACGCAAAAUCUCGAGUUUCAGUCUCGGAAACGGAGUUUCGCCGAUUAACUCGCUAGUUUGAAGAACAAGAAACUUCAGUCUGUCGUCGUCGAGGUGAGCAUGGCCCUGUCAGUCACCUCCCCGUGUGGGUAUGUCUUUGAGGAGGAGGAGGAAGUGGCUGUGUUUGAAUCAACAGCAGCAGAGUUUGGUGGUCUGACCAGACCACGUUUACCUGAGCUCUCGCUCAUUUCCCCCGGACUUGACCCCCGACCCUCCACAACAGAACAGAAACCGGUCGUAAAACCUGGACUUUUUAAACAAGGAAGUUGUGACGAGGGAAGCAGUGAGAAGGUCCAGGUUUUCCUUCGCAUCAGACCGCUCAGUCACACAGAGAAGGACAGGGGAGAAGAACAGGGCUGUGUGGCGAUGCAGGAUGAGAAGAGUCUGUUGCUCAGAGCUCCGAAGGAAUCUCAGAACAUGAGAACUGCAGAGAGAGGCAUCACCCAGAGCGUCCACAAGUUCAGUUUCUCCAAGAUCUUUGGCCCUGAGACCACGCAACAGCAGUUUUACGAAAACACAAUGAAGAAGAUGGUAAACGACGUGCUGCAAGGAGAAAACCGGCUCCUCUACACGUACGGCGUCACCAACUCUGGAAAAACCUACACGAUUCAGGGCAGUGGUCGGGAGGCCGGUCUCCUGCCCCGGGCUUUGGUGUCGCUCUUCAGGAAACUGCAGGGUCGUCUGUACGGUGCCAUGAACCUGAAGCCCGUCAUGUAUCACAACGUGAGAGAACUGGAGCCCAGUGAGGUCAGGGCCGAGGAACUGCGCCGAAACUCUCUGCUCAAAGAGGAUGAAAACACGAGUUCUCGCCGACCUGGAGGAUUUACAACCGUGGACAGUGGCAUCGGAGGACUCUCCUCCAUUAGCAACAUUGCCAGUCAGUUAAACGUUCCAGACCUGACCUGGAUCCAGGUCCGCAGCGCAGAGGAAGCCUGGAAGAUCCUGAAGGCCGGCCGUUGUAACCAGAGUUUCGCCAGCACUCACCUCAACCAUAACUCCAGCCGCAGCCACAGCAUCUUCUCCGUCCGUAUCCUGCACGUCCGCCCAGAGGGAUCUGUUGGUCAGGCCACGAACAUCAGCGAACUGACUGUGUGCGACCUGGCCGGCUCUGAGCGCUGCAAAGAGCAGAGGAACGGGGAGAGGAUGAAGGAGGCCAACAACAUCAACACCUCCCUGUUAACACUGGGACGCUGCAUCGCUGCUCUGAGGAACAACCAGAAUCUGAAGUCUCGACUGCCGCAGGUGGUGCCCUUCAGGGACAGCAAACUGACGCGCGUGCUGCAGGGCUACUUCUGUGGCCGAGGAACCUCCUGCAUGGUGGUCAACAUCAACCCAUGUGCCUCCAUCUACGACGAGACUCUGCAGGCCCUGAAGUUCUCUGCGAUCGCCACGCAGCUGGUCCACGGUCCAGCCACCAAAACCAGAGUGGCCUACAUCCUGUCGCUGCUGCGUGAAACGACACGCGACGGCAACGAGAGCUCGCUGCUGGAGGAGGAAGACGACGUCAGCGACACUGAGGAUGGAGACAUUACCAUGUUAAACACUGAGGCUCUGCUUCAGGCCAUAGAUGUUCUGAAGAGAGAAGUGCAGCGUCAGCGGGAGGAGAAGGAGCUCCUGGAGGCCAACGUGAGGGAGCAGGUGGUCUGUGAGAUGAUGGAGGUCAUCAACGAGAUGCAGGACGGCUUCAGCGAGACCUUGGAUUCGCAGAGAGCUCUGAUCGAGGAGAGAUACGAGGACAAGAUAAACAACCUGCAGAAACAUUUGAAGAAGUUCUACAGCGAGGAGCUGAAGGAGCGAGAUCAGGAAAUCGAGGCUUUGUCUGCCGCGCUGGAAAAGCACAAAGAAAAGGAGUCGGAGCCGCCGCGGCUGCCACCGGGGGACGGGCCUCGGCGUUCCCAGAGACUGAGCACUCUCACAGACGUCAGCAAGAUGCGUGCCGACCUGGAGCAGUGCCAGGCUGAGCUGUUCAACAAGACGCAAGAGCUGACUAAGCUGAAACUGCAGCUGGAGGUGCCAGGGUCGGCCGGCGCGCUGACGAGCGCAGCUGAGCGCAAGCUUGAGGAAGGUCAAAGGAAUCUGCGUCAACUACGUGAGAACCUGCAGAAGUUGGGUGUGGACCUCCAGUCCGGGGAGCGAGCAUGUUGUCGGAACACGGGAGGAGAACGUCUGAGGCAGACGUUGAACACAGCGGACGAGACGCUGGUCAAACAGGACCAGGUCUUGAUGGAGCUGCAGAACAGCCUGGCGCUGGUCAAAUCCGACAUGAGGCGGAAAGCGGAGACCCUGGCCAAGACGGCACAGGCCGCAGCCGGGUCCCAGCUGCCCCCGAGGACCUUCACUGCCCCCGCCACGCCGGGCUCCUGCAAGAGGAGGGGCUGCGGCGCCGCCGCCGCGGCAACACCAGACACUGAAAACAGGCCGCCGACCAAACGACAGUUCUUCCAGUCUCUGUUCCCGUCGCGCAAGUACAACACGCGUGGCGUUCAGGAAGAGCACGUGACGCCGUACUCUCGCAUCCUGCGUUCUCGCCAGCAUUCUCCUCCCCCCAGCCCCGUCCUCACCCCCCGUGGACUCAGGGGGAAGUACUGAUCCUUUUUU